AUGACGUUAUUCCCAUUGUUGUUGUUCCUGGCUGCUGUAUUGCCCCCAUCCAUUCUUCGAGAACACUAUGAGAAUAUGAAUUUUGAGGAUUUGACAACCACUAGAGUGUCAGUCCAAGAAGAGAUUGUAAACAAGCACAACCAACUGAGAAGACUGGUUUCUCCACCUGGUAGUGACUUACUAAAGAUGCAAUGGAGCAAUGAUGCCCGAGUGAAUGCACAGAAAUGGGCAAGCCAGUGCACUUACCAACACAGUCCUGCAGAUUCCAGGACCACCAACAUAAGAUGUGGUGAGAAUAUCUUCAUGGCAAGUUAUCCAGCAUCAUGGUCUCGUGCAAUCCAAAGCUGGUUUGAUGAAGCCAAAGAUUUCAAGUUUGGUUCAGGCCCAAAUCCAACUGAUGCAUUAGUUGGACAUUAUACUCAGGUUGUUUGGAAUUCAUCUUUCCAAGUUGCAUGUGGAGUUGCUAAGUGUUCUCACCAAUUAUUGCAAUUCUUAUAUGUUUGUCACUAUUGUCCUCCUGGUAAUUAUUUAAGAAGGCAAUACAUCCCUUACACAAUAGGACAACCAUGUGCCCUUUGUCCUGAUCACUGUGAAGAUGGACUCUGCACGAAUAGUUGUGAAUAUGAAGAUAAGUUUUCUAACUGUGCAGAAUUGAAGGCUUCACUAACUUGUGACUAUCCAAUGGUUAAACAAGAGUGCAAAGCUACAUGUAACUGUGAAAGCAAAAUUCAUUAAAUUUCUAGUACAAAUGAACAAGGCCAUGUGAAGUAAGACCACCUCCUCUACUUAGACUAGUCACAUUCCACUAGAAAACUUGAGGUACAGAUACAUUGAAAUGAUUCCAAACAGUAAAUAUUCCUUUCUUCUCUAUUGUUCUAUUUAGUAGAAAUAUUUUAUAUCCAAAGAUUCUGAAAUAACAUAAUCAAUAAUACCUUUGAACCUUGACCUCUGAUUUCUGUGACACAUUUAUGGAGUUGAGUCAAGCCCAAAGAUAUACGGUUUGUCAGUAUGACUAAGGUCACUGAAACUCCAUCCUGAAAAUAAGAAUCAGAUUCCCAGAGCACAACGGAGUGAAGGAACAGCCUAUACUUCCAUUGUAACUGUCAGUCAUUUUUCCUAGCUCUACCUAGCUAACUAUAUCUGAAAACAAAUCCCCAUUAGCUUUCUUUGAUUUCUUCCCACCAUUUUCUCUUCUUCACAUGUGC